AUGUCUAAUGUUGCCUCAAUUGUCAUGGAUGAUUCGACACGUUUGACUAGUUCACAGUCAACCAAAUUGUUUAUACAACGUGAUUAUUCAAAUGGUACCGCUGUUAAAUUUCAGGAAAGAUUUCCAGUUGAACUAGAAGGAAGAAUUGAUAAAAAUGAAUUCGUCCACAUCUUACAAGAAAUAAAUCGAAUUUAUGGUGAUGCUGAACAAUUAUCAUUUAAAACAUUCAUGGAAAACUGUUGUGCUUGUUUAACCGGCUAUUUGUUAUUGUUAUGUAUGCCAACACAUUAUGAAAAAUGUGUAAAAAAAGCAGCACGCUAUAUAAAUGAACAGAAUGAGCACAUGUUAAAUCGGCGAGGCAUAUUUAUGUUAGAUCCAAUGGAAAAAGGACUAAGAUAUGUUAAUAUGUUAGAUUUAUCUCUUGAUCAUGGUGAAUCAUAUCCAAUUUUACAUAAAAUUGAAUUAAAACGCCAUUACGCUCAUGAACGAUUUGGUCUUGCUAUUCAGCAUGAACGUCCAUGUUCAAUAUCAUGUGUUCAUGUAGGAAGUAUAGCUCAAUAUGCUGGACUUAAAACUGGUCAUAUUCUUAUUAAAGUAAAUGGUAAAAAUGUCAGUGAUAUACCUCAUGAAGAUGUUAAAAAAUUAGUUUAUACGAAAAGUAAUGUGUUAGAAUUAGAGGUCUUAGAUCCGGAUAGUUCACCGUACUCAUCUAAUAAUGUUAUAACAACAACAAGUACAACAACAACAUCGGCAUCAAGUGACGAUGGUAUAGGUGAAAAAGAAAACUGUUAUAAUUAUAAUGUAUGUUAUACAACUAAAAUCGCUUUGAACGAUGCUAAACAAAAAAUACUAAAAGAUAAAAAUUAUUCAUCAAAACAACAAUCUCAACAACCAAUUACAGCCGAUUAUUAUAAAUCGGAUUAUCGUGAAAUUAAAUAUGGAGAAUUUAAAAAACAUUUAUUACUCCCAUCUUCUACACAACAAGCAAUUACCUAUAAAGCACGUGAAUCAUUAACUUCAUCUAGUCAAGAUUCAGAUGAUAUUAAAAAUGUCAAAGAUAUUUAUAUGAAUAAGCAAGUUAAAUCAUCUUUGAUUAAUAGAAAGGAAGUAAAUGAAAAGAAACAUCAUCAU